CAUCCAUUCACAUUAUGGGGAAAGGCAGUAGGCUACACACACUGUAGUUAGAUCAUUCUGUGCUCUUAAGCCUGGUAAUAAUCAUGCGGGGCUUCGAGUACGGUUUGUUUAGGAAAAGACUGACGAAAUCUGAUUGCUUAAGCCUCUUUGGGUAAAUACCGCAAACGAUCGAAUGCCGGAUUUUACAGACCACUUCUGGAUGAUGUCGCGCGUUCCUUGACACUGAUUCCAAUCCUCGAAUGCGGGAGAGAAAAUGUGGAAAGAGGAAUAUGACGUUCAUUUCGACUUUCUUCUCGAUCUCCUUGAUGCCAACCUCCUCACGGACGUGCUGUCGGACUCAGAGUCGGAGCUGGGCGGUCUGGAGCAGCUGGAGAGAGGCAGCACGGAAACCCUGGCCAACGGUUGCCGUGCCGACUGCGACGCCGCCAAACGCCUGGCCAAGCGUCUGUUCUACCUGGAGGGCUUCAGACGCUGCGACGUGGCACGCCACCUGGGCAAGAAUAACGACUUCAGCCAGCUGGUGGCGUCAGAGUACCUCAGCUUCUUUGACUUCUCUGGCCUGUCGUUGGACAAGGCCCUGAGGAACUUCCUGAAAGCCUUUCCUCUGAUGGGUGAGACCCAGGAGAGAGAGAGGAUCCUGGUCCACUUCUCUAAGAGGUUCUGUGUCUGCAACCCCACAGCCCUCGCCCCCGAAGGCAAGAGCAGAUCUAAACGGGAUGAUGAUGAUGAUGAUGAAGAAGAUGACGACGGAGCCCAUACGUUAACCUGCGCCCUAAUGCUGCUCAACACUGAUCUACAUGGACACAACAUUGGGAAGAAGAUGUCUUGCCAGCAGUUCAUCAGUAAUCUGGAUGGCCUAAACGAUGGCAAGGACUUCCCUAAAGACCUAUUAAAGGUGCUGUAUAAUUCAAUAAAGAACGAGAAACUUGAAUGGGCAAUUGAGGAAGAGGAGUUCAGGAAGAGUCUAUCGGAGCUGGUGGAGGAGCAGUAUGAGGGAGGGGGGAAGAGGGGGGUUGCCAGGGUAACGGAUGGCAAUAACCCUUUCAUCGCCAUCCCCAUCCUACCCAACGCUGUCACCUAUAAACAUGGUGUCCUGUCCCGCAAGAGCCACGCAGACAUGGACGGCAAACGCACCCCACGAGGACGACGAGGCUGGAAGAAGUUCUAUGCGGUUCUAAAGGGGAUGAUCCUUUAUCUACAGAAGGAUGAGUACAAGGCUGAUGCAGAGCUGUGUGAGGGGGACCUGAAGAACGCUGUGCGUAUCCACCAUGCGUUAGCCACCCGCGCUACAGACUACAGCAAGAGACCCAACGUCCUCAAACUAAAGACCUCUGACUGGAGAGUGUUCCUACUGCAGGCACCGAGUGAAGAGGAGAUGAUGUCGUGGAUAUUCCGUAUUAACCUGGUAGCAGCUCUGUUCUCCGCCCCGGCCUUCCCUGCUGCCAUUGGCUCCAUGAAGACGUUCUGUAGACCUCUACUGCCCUCCUCCUCUACCCGGCUAAACCAGGAGGAUCAGCUGCAGUCCCACGAGGGGAAGCUGAAGCAGAUGAGUGUGGAGGUGGAGGAGCACAGGAAGAGCCCGCCCUCGCCUUCUCCCAAGAGCAGAGAGUGGGAGGAGUAUCGAAUCAAAGAGCACUACCUCAUAUAUGAGAAGAGUCGGUACGAGACGUAUAUCAACCUGCUCCAGGCCAAGAUGAGGGCAGAGACAGACGACCUGGAGAAGAUAGAGGCUAGCGUGAUGAGCGGGAUCGGGGAGGGCCGAGGGGGGCGCGAGGGCUACCUCCGGAAGACCCAGUCCUCUCCUUCCAUCAGCCAGCACGAUGUCAAUGGCAGGGCCUCUGGACGCACUGGCCCGGGCCAGCAGAGUUGAGAGGAGAACCCCC